AGCGGUGAGAUGCCCAGCUUGUGGAAACGUAUCGUAUUCUCCUUCGCUUCCAUCCUGUGUAUCGGUUCUGUUGCGCUCCUGGUCGUCGCGCUCUGCACCGAGCGCUGGAUCACAGGAACAAUCUUGUGUCAAACCGGAGUGGAUCUUGUCAACGCGUCAAACCCGGAACUCGCACAGUUUACAGGCGAGAUUUAUUUUGGACUCUUUCAAGGAGGAAAAACUCGGAAAUGUGGGCUCGGUAGCCGUCGCUCUAAAAUCUUCAUUUUCCCCAAACUUGUGAGGAAGAUAAACGGCGGUCUUCACAUGAUCGUCAUCUUCUUCAUUUUUAUCGCUAUCGGAUUUGCCGUCGUCAGCCUGGCCUUCUGCAUCUACAAUGCCAGGAAGGUACCAUACCAGUCCAUGAAAGGACCCCUGGGUCUCUACUUAUGGAACCUCAUAGCAGCUCUGUUUGGUUCAUUGGGGUUUGCGUGUUUCAUAGCCUCUAUGCGACACCACCGGCUGACAGAGCGUGUGGCCAACUUUCAGGAGAACCUAUUUCGCCUCGUGGUUCUGGAGGAACAUCUGGGCUUCUCUUUCUGGCUGUGCGUGGCCAGUGCUGUCACUCAUGGUGCCAACAUCCUGGUAGUAGCCUCCAGUAAGAUCCACCUGCCCAAAAUACAGACCAAAAAACCAGAGGAACCAACAGUCACGGGAGAUGAUCUCCUGUACUGA